CUUUCUCCCGGGUCUGUCUGGGUCUCUGUCUUUGGGCAUUUCUCUCUGCGCCUCCAUCUGUCUGGGUCUCCGCUUCCUCGCCCUACGCCCCGCCCCCUGCCCGGGCCCUCCAAUCCCGACCGCCCGAGCCUGGCGCUCCGCUCUCCCAUUGGCCGGCCCCGAGCCCCGCCGCCCCGCCCGCCCGGCCCCCUCCCGCCCCUCCAUUCACACAAAGUUUGGCUCCGGCGCUGCGGAGGGAGGGGGCGGCCCGGCCCAGCCCAGCUCUGCCCCCGGCCGGCCCGACCCCGGCCCCGGCCCCCGGACAAGCCCUUAUCUGAUCCCAGCUCCGGGUUUAAGAGUCCUGGCCCUGCCCGUCGCGCGGCUCUGCUCCUCACUCCUGCCCACCCCGUCCGUCCAUCUGCCCCGCUGCCCCGCGGCCCACCCGAGGGGCUACUCCACCUCGGACCCAAGAUGACAUCGGUUGCCAAAGUAUAUUACAGUCAGACCACUCAGACCGAAAGCCGGCCCCUGAUGGGCCCAGGGAUUCGACGGCGACGAGUCCUGACAAAAGAUGGCCGCAGCAAUGUGAGAAUGGAGCACAUUGCCGACAAGCGCUUCCUCUACCUCAAGGACCUGUGGACGACCUUCAUUGACAUGCAAUGGCGCUACAAGCUUCUGCUCUUCUCUGCAACCUUUGCAGGCACCUGGUUCCUCUUUGGUGUGGUAUGGUAUCUGGUAGCUGUGGCACACGGGGACCUGCUGGAGCUGGGCCCUCCGGCCAACCACACCCCCUGCGUAGUACAGGUGCACACACUCACUGGAGCCUUCCUCUUCUCCCUUGAAUCCCAGACCACCAUUGGCUAUGGCUUCCGCUAUAUCAGUGAGGAAUGUCCAUUAGCCAUCGUGCUUCUCAUCGCUCAGUUGGUGCUCACCACCAUCCUGGAAAUCUUCAUCACAGGUACCUUCCUGGCCAAGAUUGCCCGGCCCAAGAAGCGGGCUGAGACCAUCCGCUUCAGUCAGCAUGCGGUCGUGGCCUCCCAUGAUGGGAAACCCUGCCUUAUGAUCCGAGUUGCCAAUAUGCGUAAGAGCCUCCUCAUUGGCUGCCAGGUGACAGGCAAACUGCUUCAGACCCACCAGACCAAGGAGGGUGAGAACAUCCGGCUCAACCAGGUCAAUGUGACUUUCCAAGUAGACACGGCCUCUGACAGCCCCUUCCUCAUUCUACCCCUUACCUUCUAUCACGUGGUAGACGAGACCAGUCCCUUGAAAGAUCUCCCUCUUCGCAGUGGUGAAGGUGACUUUGAGCUGGUGCUGAUCCUGAGUGGGACUGUAGAGUCCACCAGUGCUACCUGCCAGGUGCGCACUUCCUACCUGCCAGAGGAAAUCCUUUGGGGCUAUGAGUUCACACCUGCCAUCUCACUGUCAGCCAGUGGUAAAUACAUAGCUGACUUCAGCCUUUUUGACCAAGUUGUGAAAGUGGCUUCUCCUAGUGGCCUCCGUGACAGCACUGUACGCUAUGGAGACCCUGAAAAGCUCAAGUUGGAGGAGUCAUUAAGGGAGCAGGCUGAGAAGGAGGGCAGUGCCAUUAGUGUGCGCAUCAGCAAUGUCUGAUCAUCUGUUCUCACCUCCCCAUCCCUUGGUCUCCUUUCCUCUCUUUCAAUGCCCUGGGUAAGGAACACUACCCUGGUUCACUGGAGAUCCCUGGAAGCACCCACUCUCCGCUCCCUUUCCUCCAACCCAGUGGCGCCUGUCAGUAGUCCAGGCCAACUGAAGUCCAAGUUUUUCCCCCACUACCCCCUCUUGCCUCUCCCUGCUUCUAUUCCAAGGCACACACCUCCCUUAAGCCAGCCACACUGGGGGAAAGAGAGGGAUUAGGCUGAAGUGGCUUAGAAAGCCUCAGCCAUGCUUGGAGACUCACAUAAGGAGGAUCAUAUGGUUGGAUGGAUAGACUCCCCCACCUCCCGCCACCACCAGAAAGUUUGGUGACUUAAGGCUGGAGCCCCCUCUGUCUCCUUCCAUCUAGCAAAUUUCCUAAGGCAAGGAAACUUGGUGGUCACUUUGGGGUCUGUGCCCUCAGAAAUACAGGGCUCUGAAAUCAAUGUCUCCUGGGGUUUCUACCAACUCUCUGUUGAAAUAAGCCAGGGUUUGUCAUGAUAUAGCUAAUUUGCUGGCAAUUCUCAACCAAAACCUAGGAACAUAGUCAACACACACACACACACACACACACACACACACUCACACACCCCUAUCCUGGAUUCUGAACUCUUCAAUUUGGAGUAAUGCAGAACUGUUGUCUCAUUUGAACCUAUCCUCCAGGCAGCCCUGGGAAGAUUUGUUUCCCUGUGUUCUGUGAAUGGGAGGACCCUUGCCAAUACGUUCCUUUGAAAAAAACCCAGUGCCCAGGCCCCACGGAAAGACUUGAAAAUGAUAUUCCAGAUUACAUUGUACCUGGCUUCUCUUCUUCCUUUCCUGCCCAGCCUAGACCCCUCAUCCCUAACCUCAACUCUUUGAAGGAAGGGAAGGAAAAUGCAAGGGUCUCCCUCUCUCAACACUGUUGUUCAACCAGAAUAAGAUUCACAGGGCACAGACUCCCCAGGAAAGUUAAACCAACCUCAUCAAGUGGGACUGGUACAUUCUCAGAUUUCUAGACUGCUAUACCGAGCCUCUGGGAAUUGGUGAUGCUUUGUUAAGGUUUGGGCAGAAGCAGAACUCUGUGGCUGGCUGGCAGCCACAAUUCUCUGCUACACCUCCCAGUACCCUUCUGAAAAGUGCCAGUCAUUUCAUUAGGCAAUGUUGGGAGGAAAGGAAAUUAUACCUCCUGAUCAAAUAGCCAUGGUCUCCUUCAGCCAUUCCUGAGACUUGGCAUGAAAUGAUGAAAUCAGUGUCAUCUCUAUUCUCCUUUGACAUGAGGUCAGUUUCAGGCAAGUUAGAAAGCUUAUUUUACGAGAUCACAGACUCAGGCUAUUCCUUGUUUCCGGG